CACCACCGCCACUGCUACGUUGUGUGCUAGUGGAAUCAAAGUAGGACAACCUUUCUUAAGAUCAACAAGUUCUGUAGAUACACGGGUGAAUCAUUCAGGACCCAACCCAACGUUCAUCCCGAUAUCAGGCUCGCACAGUCCAAAUGGAUACAAUGCCACUCCCUCCUACAGAACAACUAGAAUCUUCCCCUAAUGCCCCUGCUGAGUUGACAGCACCUGGACCUCGACCGCAUCUUCUAAGCAUCUUUCACGAACUAUUACUACAAAUACUCGAGCAUAUUGAUGUGCCUGAUGUGCUUUCCGUUCGCCAGGUCAGUGUUUACAUGUUGACAAUCAGUGCUUAGUCGAACGUAACUAUCAAUCCUGCGCAAUGCGACGAAUAGCAGUGCAAGUCGCUUGCCUCGCCGUGGCUGAGUUGAUGUAAUGCGGAUGAGACGCGUAUUCGUUCGCGUACCUCAUAAAGUUGAAGGUGCCACGUUGCUCCGAUGUGCACUUAAUGAUCAUGUCAAAGGAUAUGUAAUGCUACGAGUAGCUG